AGACGCGCUCGGGCGGCCGGGAGUGCGCGCCGGUCCGGUCCGGCCAUGCAGAGCCUGGAGUUGGGUCUGGUUCCCGCUCCAGCGAGGGAGCCGAGACUGACCCGCUGGCUGCGGAGAGGCAGUGGGGUGUUGGCGCACCUGCUGGCCUUGGGCUUCACCAUCUUCCUGACGGUGCUGUCCCGGCCGGGAACCAGUCUUUUCUCCUGGCACCCUGUAUUCAUGGCCUUGGCGUUCUGCGUCUGCAUGGCCGAGGCCAUCCUCCUCUUCUCGCCCGAGCACUCCCUGUUCUCCUUCUGCUCCCGAAAGGCCCGGAUCGGACUGCACUGGGCGGGGCAGGCCCUGGCCCUCCUCUGCGCGGCCCUGGGCCUGGGCUUCAUCAUCGCCAGCCGGACCCGCAGCGAGCUGCCCCACCUGGCGUCCUGGCACAGCUGGCUGGGGGCCCUGACGCUGCUGGCCACGGGGGGCCAGGCGCUGUGCGGGCUCUGCCUGCUCUUUCCCCGGGCAGCCGGGGUCUCGAGGGUGGCCCGCCUCAAGCUCUACCACCUGACGUGCGGGCUGGUGGUCUACCUGAUGGCCACCGUGACGGUGCUCCUGGCCAUGUACUCGGUGUGGUUCCAGGCCCAGAUCAAAGGCGCGGCCUGGUACCUGUGCCUGGCGCUGCCCCUCUAUCCCGCCCUGGUGAUCAUGCACCAGAUCUCCAGCUCCUACUUGCCGAGGAAGAAGACGGAAAUGUGACUCCCCCCGAACGCUGACUCUAGCUGGCACCCUGGCCUUGGACCUCAGUGGUCUGUCUGGUGACCUUGAAGGGCUCCACUUCCGGAGUGGUAGGGUUUUUUUUUUAGACUUUUAGCCGGGCUGACGGGUGACUCAGUGGACCGAAAUGGGGAAACGUACUGGGUGCAAAGUAAAAGGUGACGGGGA